AUGCGCGUCGCUCGAAAAAAUGGAUAUCUCUCUUAUUUUUUGCACUGUGAUCAACCUAAAACCACCAAAUGGUCGAUUAUCAUUGAUUGGAAAGUCAGACUAAUCUCGAUUGGAGGAAAAAUAGAGAGAAAAGUCAGAGAAUCGACGUUUGCGAGUAAUAGCAACUACACUGGUUGUGGAUGGGAUGAUUUUAUCAAAUGGGAAGAUAUGAAGAAGAAUUUCAUGACCGAUGGAAAUAUCACUAUUGAAACGCACGUGAAGAUCGAAAAAAUGACUGGAAUCGAGAGAAAGAAGUUGAGGAAUUUCGACUCGGAAAUGAAUGUGUUUUCAGAUGUCAUUUUGACUGUGAAAAAUGAGAAUUUCUAUGUCUCCAAAUUGUUCCUCGCUGCACAAUCCACGUAUUUCGAAGCGCUUCUAUCGAAAAAACAUGAGAAAUCUGAAAAACCAAAAUACGAACUCGAUGGUUGUAAAUCGGAGGAUUUUCAGUACUUUCUGGAAUUGAUCUACGGAGAAUCGCCGAUUGAUGAUGAAACAAUCGAUAAAAUUGUUCAUUUGGCUGACAAGUAUAAAGCUCCCACUGCAAUCAGAAAAUGCGAAGAAUUUCUGAUGAAUAAUUCUGGGAAAUCGUUGAAAGAGAAGUUGCGAAUGGCUAAAAGUUACAAGCUGGAAAACUUGAAGAUGUCAUGUCUCUCCAGAAUCAAGAAUGUCGCAGAUAUUCGCUCUGUUCUCUCAUACAAUGUCAACGAAAUGGAUCCAUCGGUCGUCGCGGCUCUUCUCCAAAAAGCGGUGACAUAUUUACCAUGA